UCAAAAUACAUAGAAAAUAAGGCCAUUGGCUUGUGUAUCAACACCAUCUCUUGUUUCUCUGUUCCAGUGACGGUGACUGUGGGAGGACAACAACACUUGCUGGGACUUUAUGACACUGCAGGGCAGGAGGACUACAACCAGCUGAGACCCCUGUCCUACCCCAACACAGAUGUGUUCUUGAUCUGCUUCUCAGUGGUGAAUCCUGCCUCGUACCACAAUGUCCAGGAGGAGUGGGUGCCCGAGCUGAAAGUGUGCAUGCCCAACGUGCCUUAUGUCCUCAUAGGAACACAGAUUGAUCUCCGGGAUGAUCCCAAAACUUUGGCUCGGCUGCUUUACAUGAAGGAGAAACCACUCACCUAUGAGCACGGCGUGAAGCUAGCAAAGGAGAUUGGAGCACAGUGCUAUCUGGAAUGCUCAGCCCUCACACAGAAAGGCCUUAAGACUGUCUUUGAUGAGGCAAUCAUGACCAUUUUCCACCCCAAGAAGAAGAAGAAGCGCUGUGCAAAGUGUCAUAGGUGCUGCACCCUUGUGUGAAGUCGCUUGGAAAGAAAAGUGAGCGGAGUUCAAUAAAACCAAGCAGGUUAGAAAGGCAAUGGUCACAUACAACUGAAAUGGGGAACAUGACCAGAAAAGGGUCCUUCUUACCCAAAUAUUGGAGCCCUCUGUUCUGUGAAACCUCCAAGCUGUAUCACACUAGGCCAACUCAUGUCUCUGUGCUUUCCUAACCCUCCAGAGCUGUAUGCAGCCUGUUCCCACUACUGCAGACUGCACCGAGCCAACAGAAACCAGGAUGUCUGCUCCUGCCUUGCUCUUCACCUUGGAAUAAGGUGAAG